AUGAUGUACUCUCCAGCAGAGUUGAAGGAGGUUAUCAUCCUGAAAACCACCUCUGUCAACCAAGACCUCAUAGCCCGGAGAGGUCUCAUGAAUCUCCCCUUCCAAGAGUUCGUGGAUGCCUUCGCCGCGCACCUCUUCCCCUUCAGCGACGAAAUCAACCUCGUCUGCGCACGCCUGCAACAUCAGCACCGGAAGGCCGAUGCCUUGCAGGUGAUAGAGGACUUCCUACUCCUCCGCUCACGCUUCAAAGCCCUCAGUCGUCGCUGGGGACAAUCGCGGAGAUAUCGCUGCCUCGACUACGGCUACUGUCUCCUACGCAAGGUCGACAAGGACAUCGAACUGCAAAUCCGGUCGGAUGUCAGCUUCAAGCACCUCUCACUUCAAGACCUAGUCGAGAGAAUCAAGGCCAUUCACCGUGCCCGUCAGCUCGUCCGAGAUGCAGAGCCUGCCGUUCACGCCAUAAGCCCGACGCCGCCGCAGGAGCACGACGCUGCUCACCACUCAGACCGUCUCUGCAAGUG